AUGUUUAAGAAAUGUUUACUGUGUUUUUUGUUUGUUCUUGUAGAUGGGGUUCAUUGUGAACGAAACUGCAGUUAUCAGGAUGUUUUGAACUAUUUAAACCUGUCAAGCAACAAUGAGCUGUACUCCUUGACACGACCAGUUAGAAAUUAUAAAAAUCCCACAUUUGUAUCACUGGAAGUUCUGCUCUAUGCCAUCCUAGAUGUGGUUGAGAAAGAUCAGAAAUUUAUCCCUUAUGUGUGGACCGUCACAAGGUGGAACAAUGAAUACAUUUCUUGGGAUCCCAAUGAGUUUUGUGGAAUUGACAACGUUUCUUUGCCUUCUCACAUUUUAUGGAAACCAGAUUUAACAAUUGAAGAAAUGACUGAGAAAGACAAAGCUCCUCCAAGUCCGUAUCUAACAAUCAACAAUAAAGGAGAUGUUGAAGUUCAGAACGACCAGGUGUUAGUGAGCACCUGCAGGAUGCACACAUACAAAUUCCCUUUUGACAUUCAGAGUUGUAACCUCACCUUUAAAUCCGUCAUACACACAGCCAGGGAAAUCCGGCUACAACCAAGUGACAACUCUUCAGAAGCCACAGAGUGGUCUCGGGAGGUGAUGAGGACCCAGUAUGAGUGGUUGUUCAAAAAACUGACAGUUACUGCUAACAACGCCAGUGUUUUAACUGAUCAGGAUAUUGUCAUUUACACUAUCACAAUGAAGAGGAGAUCUCUGCUGUACAUCGUCAACUUCUUGGUGCCUGUUCUCUUCUUCUUGUGUCUGGAUUUGGCAUCCUUCAUGAUCUCAGACUACGGAGGAGAGAAACUCAGCUUCAAAGUCACCGUGCUGCUUGCCAUUACAGUGUUACAGCUCAUUCUCAAUGAAAUUCUCCCCUCUUCCUCCAACAGGGUCCCACUCAUUGCCACUUAUUGCAUUGGAGUUUUUGCUCUAAUGAUGCUUAGCCUCCUUGAGACCAUUUUUGUGAUGUAUCUGCGAGAGAGGGGCUCCCAGCAGGUAGAAAGAGACGAACACAACAUACAGGAAUCUAUCAAGUCAACUAGAGACACAAAUGAUUGGACUCAAGGGGGUUUUAUAUACUAUAUGUCUUCUAGUGAAAAUGGUGAAAUGCUGCCUGGUGCCAAGGAGGACAGGAACAGCAAACUGUUGGGGGACUGUUACACCCUGGAGAGGCUUUCAGAUGAACUGAGGGCGAUGGAGAAGAGUUUAACUCAGCUCUUCAAGUCCAAGAAAGAAGAGCAGAUAUGUGACUACUGGACCAAACUGGCAUUAAAAGUCAACAAAACCUUCUUUUUUAUUUACGUCAUAGUAGUCAUCCUGUUUCUGGUUCUAAUUUUCUUAGAAUGGAAUAAGUGAUUAGAGCUCAUUGUUACUGCAUAUUAAAUAUCAGCUGUAUAUAUAAGUCCAUCUGAGCACUUAUCUGAACUGCUUUGUAGAAAGAGUAGAAAAAUAUAUUCAGAUGUAUUUGUUAUAACCUGAAUAAUGUAUCUGUUCUAUAUAAAAGUAGAUUGAUGUACAAAUGAUUGGCAUUAAUUUGAAGUUAUUCAGAUAUUGCUAUAAGAUAACCAACCUAUUCAUAACACUGAGUUAGUGGUGGCCUUAACAGCCGCUUCUCCAUUUUUUCCUCAUUUAAAGGACCAGGACAAUUUAUCUUAACCUCUCAAAAGACCUGGUGACAUUUAAUGCAAUGAGUCAAAGAGGAGCUGCAAUUAUCCUUAUCAUCAUUUAUUUG